GUAAGAGGACACGCAUGUUACUCCUUCCUCUCUUCACCACUGGUUCUGAAAAUCAGCAGCCUUUCUUAAUAAACGAGCAGCAAAGAAAAUCCUAACAGAUGAUGGCUGCAACUUCAGCUGAUUUUUUGAAUAUUCCUCCAUACAGGAAAGUUAUCUGGUAUAACCAAACAAACCUAGCCAGAAACUUCUCAGCAAUCCAAAACGCGAGCUGUUCCCUCAAUGAUGACUCGUUAUCAUUUGCUUUAAUACUUUUUUACACCAUUAUUUUUGUCAUUGGAUUAGCUGGAAAUAUUAUAGCACUGUUUGCUUUCCUCUGCAUUCACCAGAAAAGGAAUUCUAUCCAAGUUUACUUACUAAAUGUGGCUAUUGCAGACCUUUUGCUCAUCUUCUGUCUCCCAUUUCGAAUAUUGUAUCACAUUACCCAGAACACCUGGAAGUUUGGACCGAUUUUAUGCAAGAUUGUAGGAACUCUCUUUUACAUGAAUAUGUACAUUAGCAUAGUACUGUUGGGACUGAUUAGUCUAGAUCGUUAUAUAAAAAUAAAUAAGUCUGUGAAGCGUCCUAAAAUGCUCACUACCACCCGAAGCAUAUAUACUUGUUGUGUUGUAUGGGCACUUGCACUGACCGGAUUUAUAAUAGUGGUUGCCCCAUCUUUCUCUAAAAGUGGGGAAAGCAACUCCACUAUGUGCUUUCAUUACAGAAAUAAACACAAGGCAAAGACGGAAGCAAUUUUAAAUUAUAUUAUUGUUAUCAUUUUUUGGAUAGUUUUUUUCCUUUUGAUACUUUCAUAUGUUAAAAUUGCCAAGAACCUUCUGAAAAUUUCUAAGAAAAGAGCGCAUUUCCCUAAUGCAGGAAAAUACACUCAGACAGCGAGGAAUUCUUUCAUUGUGCUGAUCAUUUUCACCAUAUGUUUUGUUCCUUAUCACGUAUUCCGAUUCAUCUACAUUACUUCACAGUUACAAAAUCCAUCUUGUUAUUGGAAGGAGAUCAUUCACAAAUGCAAUGAGGUUAUGCUUAUAUUUUCAUCUUUCAACAGCUGCUUAGACCCAGUUAUGUACUUCCUAAUGUCCAGAAGCGUGCGUAAGACUGUACUCCAGCUUAUCUGCAGAAGACUGCAUGGGGAUUCAAGUGUAAACUUAGAAAGUACUUCAGAAAUGCAGCUUGGCCAAUAUACUCAAGAGCGGUUAUCGACCAUCACUCCCUAUUCAAGCUCGGUAAAGAAGGCGUCUCUGAUUUGAUCAUUGCAAUGAAUGGAUAACGGCUUCUCUCUGUCAAUGUGGAGCAUCGGUGUAAGCCACGCAAUACCACACAGCUACUAAUCCAGCCUCUGUCUUCCUGUUGAGAAACCUGCUCCGGAAAAGGAGAAAUAACUCUUUAGGUGUAAUUAACUUCAAGGAAGUUUCAUGUUUUGUUUUCUUGCACAAAGAAAAUAAUCUUGGAUAUUUUCUUUGGAACUAAUCUAGAACACUAACUCUUUGGGGAGACUUCCACAAAGUGGUUUUAACCUGCAUUUAAACUUGUACAUACACAACAAUAUUACCAGCUAGGAAUGUAAACAGCAUGAAUUUUACAAAAGUAAUUCUUUUGUGUUGCAUUCAAAGGAGCUAUGUUACUUAUCACAAAUGUUCUGUAUUUCUCUGUUUUAAUAAUUGUCAAAGAGAUAAGCGUUUAAACUGUAUUUUAUAGAAUUACUUUUUUUCAGAUGAAUAUUUGAGAAUUUAACGUAUGUGGCUUAACAAUGAGCUUAACAUGGCUUACAAUGAACAACACAGCCAUUAAUUCAGUUAUUAUUACAGAAGACAUACUUUUGUUUAUUAAACAGCAUAUUUAAAAUAUUCACACCUUUUAAGCCCU